AUGACUGACUUGCCCACUGGCACCACAGAUUUGAACUGUUUCAACGGGAGUCAUGGCAAAACGAACGGAGUAGCACUGCGUGGCCUCGCAAUCCCAGCGACCCGACGAGCUCGCAAAGCGUGCUCGGAAGACGACCCUCCCAAAGCCGACGACGCGCACUCACCUCUGUGGACAGCGAAGAAACAUCGUCGCACUGUGACAACGGCGACUAGUGCACGGCAUUUAUUUUUUGUUGGCGUUCGUUUCAUAAAACCCGUCUAUAAGGAGCUUGUGACCACCCUGAAAGGCUUGACGAGCUACGUGCUCGUAUUCAUGUUGGUGCCACGAGGUGGGCCUUUCGGGCAUGCCAGGGAGGAUGAGAGGCUGUCCCUGAACCGCCUACUAGUACAAAAAGGUGUUGCCCUCGGCGUUACCAUCGUGAAUGUCGACUGACGUAAGUACAUGGAACUUUCACCCCUGGUGCACUGUCCUUUUGAGUUACAUGUGACAUGCUCCUUUUGAGUUACAUGUGACAUGUGACAUGCCUCUGGAAUGCUGUUCAUUGAGUGACAAGGUUGGGCGGAUAUAACCUAAGAAGCAUUUGAAAUGACAAAUACUGGAAUACACAGCAGUGACAGCUAAAGUAUUGAUACUAAAAUACAUUUAUAAAAGGAGCAUUGCAAAACAAUUCAAAUAUGUAUGACUAAAAAAUGGGUGACAAAGUAUCUUUAAAUAUGUUUUGUUUGAAGGAGAAAUCCUGAUACUGAAAUAUGGGGGGCAGUCAGUUCAUUGAACGACGUUUCAUUGACAGUUCGUUUCAUCGACAGUUUGUUACAUCGACAGCUCAGAUAAGCUUUUUUUCUGUAGUGACUCCCCGCAGAAUGUUGCCGCGAAGCAGCUCGAGUGGGUGGGCCCACUGAUCUCUACUAAAGGGGGCUGGAUGGCGCUUAGCUGCUCUCCGAGCCUGGCG